UUUAUACGCAUACGCAUGUAGUGUCGUGCCGUGUCGUCACUGUCGCACUACUCGCACUUUACUUUGUGAUUUGUGAUAUAUAUACGUGAUACUUCAGUCUGUCGGUAGAAUUAUUUUGAUUUUCGUAGAACUAGAAAUAAUUACUGUACUCACUCGAUAAUCGUUCGUCAGUCAUUAAAAACUCUGUUCAGUGUACCGAGUAAACAGAGUGCCAGUGCCAAGUGUAACAAAAAUGUGCAGUUUAGGGCCUGUUCAAUCACUCUCGAUUUUCUUCCACGAGCUGCAAUCACUGUUGUUUAUGCAUUGAUUUGUUAUCGUAAUAUUAGCUUAAUACCCGACACAUUUCUGCGGCUAUGGAAGUAAACCCUUUAAAUAUUUUCUUCGUGAAGUCUGACAGUAAAGGAGACAGGUUGCUGUUCAGAUAUCCUUACACGUGUGAGAAUAGAGAUGAAAGUAAGCAGAAGAAAUGUGGCCGCCUUAAUCCAUAUGCAGUUAAUUCGGCGGAAGACCUUCUGCAGAACCCACAGUCUCAGACAUCAAACAUUUGCAAAGGACAAUUGAGCGGCUUCACAGAUGAAAUGCUAUCCACCCUGUUUGCUGUGAAAGCCGAGCUGUGCAACAGGAAAUUUGAACUUAAAGUUAAUGAUGUGCGGUUUGUGGGGCACCCUACCCUGCUCCCAUACCGGACAAACAAGGAUGACACUGCGGCCAUGAUACUGAUUAAUAUUGUUUUUGCACUUCAAGCAUCGGCUAGCCAUUCUAUUGUGAAAUGUUACUAUGAUCUGAGUAAAAGACUGGGUAAAGCACUAAGACAUGAGGAAAAAAGAUGUUCAUAUUUAACAGAAGAAAUGAAAAUUAUGUUAGCAGCUCACGACGAAGUAUCAGCGUUAGAUAGCGAAAGUAAUUCCGGCGAGAAUGACGAAGAGGAGGAGAAUUCCCGACAUUCCGUCAGUUCCACCACGUACGGCGCAGACAUGGGCACGGAGUCGCCGCGGUCGGCGUUCCACCUCAUACUGCAGCGGAGCUCCCUGGCCAGGGCCAUGAAGUCGGUGUUCGAGGAGCUAAGCAGCACUGGUCUAGUCCAAGUACGGAUAAACAAGUGGGUUCUCCUCUCCUUCUGUUUGCCCCACAAGGCCCACCAAAUCCACAACAGAGGGCUCAUUAUAGAGCCAGAAACCAUAGACAAAUGUUUGCAGAAACUAAAGCCAUAUCACGGGAUGCUUCUUAUGGUGAACCCGAAUGACUUACUGGCAUCAAUACCUCUGGAUGGAAGCCCAGCGUUGCUGAGGCUUAUAAAGUUGUAUAGUCCGUUGAAAAGUCUGCAGACUAUUGCUAUUGAAGCGGAUUUAAGUCUUACACAGGUUUUCCAGCUGACCGGUCACUUAGUGUACUGGGCGAAAGCGACUGUCAUAUAUCCGCUAUGUGAAGGAAACGUGUACGUUGUGGCACCCUGCGCCAACGUCCACACACAUUCACCGCUGGUCGAAGAGUUCGCCAAGGAGUUCCCCGGGCUGUGUCUGCUGCAGAUGCUAAGCGAAUUCUCGCUUCCGGCGCCACUCUGGUACAUUUCCCGCGGCGGCGUGGGCGGCGGCGGCGGCGGCGGCGGCGGCGGGCAGCGCCUCGGCCGCGUGGUGGCGUGGCUGCUGCGGCGCCGCCUGCUGCUGCAGCUGCACACCUACGUGCAGUUCAACUCGCCGCACUGGGGGCCCGACACCACCCCGGAUGGCAAAGAGUACUUCUGCGAGAAACACGACGGCUACAACAGAUCGUGCAGUGUUUCCUUCUCCUCGCUCAACCAAAUUCAACUCAACGUCCCCGAGCCGGUUGAACCAAGGGUCAGCUCAAACACCUUCCCCGACUCCGACGAAGAUUAUCCCACUGAAAACAACCUUAAUCAAACGGACUUCUCACACACGAAACCAAUAGUGAUAGAAUCUGACCACACAAAGUUUGGUUUCAACGAAGCGGAUUCAGCCAACCACAGCUUCGAUGACGGCGUAGAUGUCGUCGAUGGCCUAUUAAAAACAAAUGGGGAAUUAGAAAAGGACAAGAAAAAACAAGGGAACUCUGUAGAUAGUGGGAUAUCUAAUAACAUUAACGGUGUUGUUACAGAAAAUGGUGUGCACGACCUUAAAUUAACCUCAAGGUUGUCCAAUUUGUCGUUAAAAGACACAGAAAGCACUUUAAACACAAGUAGUGACGAAGAUAGGUUUGAGGACCAUGACGUGUCGCCGAGGACCAAAAAUGUUAACGGGUACACGAAUGGUGUGGAGAAGAAGAAUGGGGUAUCACUUAAUCUGAAGUUACAGAGUGAAAUGAGCUUCCAGCCGCCGACCGUGUGGAGCGUGCCCGCGAGCUGCGACGUGGCGGACGCGUGCCGCCUGCCCGCCGAGCCGCCCAGCACCGAGUCGCUGCUCGACACCUUCACCGCCGGGGAGCGCGCCGCCUUGGCGGACAUACCCGCCUCCAAACACACGGAUGAUCUCUUGCUGCUAGCUCAGCUGCAUAAGAAAGGCUACCUACGAGGCGAGCAGCAUCUCGAAGAAAUAAUGUUCAUGGAGAACGUAACGCGAUCGCAGUUGAUGCAAUUACUGGACAAAUUCAAGGAUGUGCUCAUCACCUUCGAAACUGAGGAUCCUGCUGUCGCUAUGCUAUAUCCCUACCAAUAAUACCCAAUACCGCCAUAUGCCAAUAUGUACCGCCAUAGUCCAAGCAACCAAAAAACAUACGGAUAAAAAUACCUUUGAAAUUCUCCUCCUGCCGUCGCCAUUCUGUUUUUUUCGAAUCGACUUCGGGUACAAAUGCAUUACAAUUUGAACUCUAAGUAUGCGCAGAGAGAGUCCAAUGCUAUAUAUAUAUCUACGAAUAAUACCCAUUUUUACCAGCGUCUCUGAGUAGAAUGCAUUGCAAUUCGAACUCUUAAUAUAUACAGGCAGAGUCGAAGGAACCAAAAAACAAACAGCACACACAAGCAUAUAUGGAAUAUUUUACAUAUUCUGUCUGUUAAAGCGGUUGUCAAAAUCGAAGUGUGUACGUUUCUUAGCACGAAUGAAAAGUAUUGAUGAUAUUAUAUCAACUGCAUAAUUUAACACUUGUAACUGAAUGACUGAUAUUAUCAUUGUUAAAUGUUUAAAGUAAUUUUAACACUAUUUAGAUAUUUAGUUGGUCUAAAUGUAGCAAUUUAUCAUGUUUUUGUAACACCUAUGUCAUAGGCAAAGGAAUAAAAGAAGCUUAAAGUUGUGCAAAUUAUUUUAGUCACGUCUAAAAAUAUGCACAAAGUGCCAAAAAUAUGUAUACUCUACCUUAAUAUAUGGGCAAUAAGGUCAUGUAUACAUAUUUUUGGCACUUUAUCCGUAACGGUAUUUUUAGACUAUAUAUAUUUUUAUCUAAAGUUAAUAGCGAAGUAAGUACGACCAAACAAUUUGAUUCCUAGACCAUUAUAGUACCAUGUCCUAAUGAUUUGAUUUAUGCUCUACGAACUACGACAGUGCUUAUUGGGUGAUGUAUGUCAUGUUAUAUAGUUGUUAAAGCGACGAAGUUCUUUAGUGACCUAGGAAUCAAAUAACUUGACUGUACGGCACCAUUAUAUAUUUUAAGGUAACUGGUUGCCAAACCUUAAGAGGCUGUCAAUACCUAAAGCGCGCACACUGUCUAUUUGUAUCGGAGUAAAUGAGGUAGCACUGUCGCAUGUUACUGGGCCUGGGCAAGGGAAUAAUAAGAAAAAUAUUUAAAUAAAAAAAGUGGAUUAUUAGUGUAAUAUUUUACUCAACAGCGGUUUAGAUAUAAAUGUUUUGAAAUUGUGAUUUUAAUUGGAGACCCAUAAGUCAAAACAAUAAAGACAUAGAACCGUUUAAUUGUGAUUUUAAGACCAAUCUUUGCAAUUAUUUUCUAUCGAGCCGAUUUCGUUCAAUCAUGUAUCGAGUACAACCACGGUCUUUGAAAUAUAAUUAAUAUGAACAUAUAUUUUUCUUACUUGACUAAAACAAAUGGUCUUUCUCAAAAAACUGUUUAAGUAACAUCAAUUUCAAGGACAUUGGGUGUUGACAGCCUCUUAAACGCGUGGCAACCUGGCAACCAUGUUUAUCUGUACAGCGCCAUCUUUUUCAGUCAUCGAACUUACUGGUAUAAUAAUUUGCGCUACUAUGUGUCUUAGUACCUAUUCAUUUUCCUAUGACCUACAUCAUCAAAAAAUCAUCCACUGCUUAACAAAAGCGCAAGAAGGUCCUAACAUGAACACGCUUUUGUGUAUACCUUGUUGGGAACAUUUUCGACAGUUGUAAGGUCUGACGAGUAAUAUACCCGCCAACUGCCACUAAGUUAAAUUUAAACAUUUUUUUUUUUUGUUAUAUUUGUUAACUGUUCCGGGCAUUUAAUCCUGUGGUUGGGGGUGAUCAGAGGCGGCGUUAGGCGUGGGCGACGUGGGCCACCGCCUACGGCCUCGCGUCCGAGGGGCCUCGCGCCUCAAAAAAGUACCUAUAUCUCGGACACAACGUAAAAAUAUUCGCUCUUUUUUGCGCCACCAGAGGGCCUCGCGAAAUGUACCGUGACCACAAAAAAAUUUUGGUCUUGCCCCGCCACUGGGGGUGAUUUUAUUCAAUUAUAAUUAUCUAAACUUAAGUCUAUUCCAUUCGCUCUUUUAACCAAAAAAUACUAUGAAACUGGUCGACCAAUGGAUGUAGAUCGUGGUGUAUCUAUGGAAAUUUGUAAUUCCCUAGCGAUUGCGUCACAUAUUUUUUUGUUUUGUAGUUUUAAGAUUGGAAUAGACUAAGAUCUGAACUAAAUUUAAGUGUUCAAAAACGUAUUACGAGUCUAUUAGCUUUUGUCAGUAAAUUUCGGCCUUAUUACAAUGAGCAUAAGUUACAUUAUCCAAAUUAAAAAAGAAUGCCCUUCUCAUAUUGCUCGAUUGGCUAUAAAUAGGUGUUUGUGUAGUCCACAAGUAAAUUCAAAAUUGUCAAGCUUUAUUUAUUAAUGUAGUUAGGACUAUAUCCAAUUUGGCGUAAAAGCUAAAUCGAUAAUCUGAGUCGCAAUGUUACCCACUAAGAAAUUCGAGAAAUAUUUUUUAGAACAUUGUACUCUAAUUGGCUGUUUUAGUCGUAAGUAUAAUUAGCGAAUAUUCGAGAAUUCAGUGAUUAUAGAUAUAUCGCUAUGUAUUUUUGUUGGAAUUAAACUGUUAAAUUUAGUUGGCAGCUAGGUAUUGCCAAGUUAUAACGACCUGUAUUUAGUUCGCUUUAAUAUGUCUAAUUAUGUAACUAUCGUAACGAGCUGCAGAAAUUAAGCGGGCGAAGAGUUUAUAAUGAUUUGAACACAACCUUGGCUGACCCCCCCCCCCCCCCCCCCCAAAGCCCAUGCAUAACUUGAUGAAGUCCGUUUAUCAUUCAUAGAUUAAUCAAGUGAAAGGAAUAAAUUAUUACUUGUUUCCAACUUGUGUAGUUUGUCUUGUUCUUAUUUACUGUUUGUAACAAAAGAAAAAUCAACGUUUCAUAUAGACAAAGGGAAUUAAUACUUUGAAUGCCUUGUUCGCUUACUUUCUUCAACUACUACAUAACCGAUGUAUUACCAUUGUGGGUUGUAAACAAAAUGUGGCUGAUAUCACAAGUAACUAAAUCCUUUUAUUUGGAUUUGAGCACGUCUAUGUUUUCGUUUUUUCCUAAAUUAUUUUAUUUGUAAUAAAAUAUUUAUAGUAAAGGAAACUCGUUUUAUUUUAGGACUUACAAAAAGGUCUUACUUCGAAAUAACGGUCGUUCGCUCGAAUAUGAAAAAGCGAUGAAGAUGAUGGUCACCACGAAUUGCCACGAAUAUCGAAAUUGUUAGAUGUCAGAGAUCUUUACUUGUGUAUUUUACUUCUCAAAUUUCCCCAGAAUUAAGAUGCAAUGUUAUUAAACAGUUGAUAUAGAAAGGGCCUUACAUACAUGCAAAUUUAAUAAGCGCCGCGACACAUGGUCCAAUUUCAGGCCACGGACUGGACGCAAGCGGCGAACGGCAAAUCAAGGUCAUUUAUACAUUGCGCUCGACAAAAUGUAAAGUCCGACCAGAAAUAUAUGAUCAUUGUCAAGAGGGCGCUGUUAUUCUCAUGUAUAGGGUGACAGUUCAGUUUAGUAUGAAAAAUUUAGUUCCAAUGAAAUUCCGCAAUAUGGCGCGUGAUCAU